AUGUCUCAAAUCAGUCCAAACGCACGAAAGGAAGUCAACAACGCGCUCACUAGCUCGGGUAGCGCUGCCGUCGGACAGAUGGUUGACACCGCCAACUCGUCUGUUCAGAAACGUCAAAAGAACAAAGAGGACAGAGAAAAACGCGAGGCCGCUGCGAGAGCUGCUAAGCUGGAAGCAGAUGCUGCUAAGGGCGGCGCCUCAGGCUAG